AUGGCGCCUAGCUCCCUAAAUGCACCAAAGCGGAAACGAGGGCGACCUCGAAAAUAUACGUCUGCCGAACAAAGACAGGAGUCAAAGAUCACGGAACAGCGACAACAACGACAGGCUGCUCGUGCUAUACAGCGAACUCUAGAAGUUGAUCAGUACUACUCGACUACAGAGCACCAGUCUGCUGAUCUCGACCCGUCCCUACCUACCUACUUUCCUCCAGGGGAACCAACGAUUCCUACAGAGCUUGAGCAACUAUUUCCUCCUCCUAGCCCCCAACUGGGCAACCACCCCCCCAAGCUAUACAUGUGUGCCUCUGGGCCGCAAAAGGAAGCGAGUCUCGGUAGCCUGCCGGCCUUGCCGGAUACGCAAAUCUCGUUCCUAGAGGGGCGCUUUCAAGCUAUCGAGCGCAGGCUGGAAUCUCUAGAAGAGACUCGAUCGCAUUCGAAUAGUCUUACCCCACAAGCACUCAAAGAUGGGUUACAUGAAUUGACGCAACAAUCAAAGGUAACACACACAGGUUCCUCGGGUAGUGAGCAAGGGACGCCGCACACUAUCCCUGUGCUAGGCAUGUCGAAGCUUUCUGAUCAGCCUGACGGAGUCGAUGGGAUGGGUUCAGUUGCACUUCGGGAUGGUGCUGAGGAAGAGGAAUACUUUGGUAACUCGUCCAAUGUGGCUUUCUUACGUUCAAUCGUACAGGCAACUGUCCACUCAGCGGGCUUCGGGCCCAAGAUAUUAUUAGAACCUGACAUUGUCAGCUCGGAAUAUUUUGGCAAUGACUGUUCAAAUCCAUUCCUGAUGUGGCCUUUUCGCACGGAUCCGCCGGGCAACUCUUCGCGGCGCGAGAUGAUUGAACCUUUUGCGCUCCCUCCUGAAGAUGCAGCAAAUAGUAUGCUCCAGUUGUAUUUUAACACUGUGAAUCUUAUGAUUCCUUGUGUUCACGAGGAUUCGUUUCGACAAACCUUAUUCCAGAUGAAAACCGAAGGAGCUGAAAGCAUGAGAAGAUCCUGGCUUGGUGUUUUAAACAUGAUGUUUGCCGUCAGCACGAACGUGAUGACUACUACCACGCCUACACAUGAUCGAGCAGCUCAGUCAAAUACGUUCUAUGAGAGGGCCAUGGACCUGGUGAGCCCUGAGAUUUUGGGACGUCCUUCGGUUGAAUUAGUGCAAUUAUUCCUUCUUAUGGAGAUCUAUCUCGAAGGCACCCCUGCCUCUUCACUAGCAUGGACAUUUCACAGUUUAGCCGUCAAGGGGUCCUACCAACUUGGGCUUCACUUGACGGGAUCCAUGCGCGUCUCCCACGUUGAACGGGAAUGCCGACGGAGGUUAUGGUAUUGGUGUAUUACGAACGAUCGGCUGUUGUCCGUCGGAUAUGGCCGUCCCCCCCUUAUUCCAUUGUCCCACGUGAAAACAGAGCCCUGCUCUCAUCUUGCUUUCAGCAAUGUAGCUGAUGAAGUUGUUGCUUCAGCUUCUACAUAUUUUGACGCGAUCAUCUCUAUAACGCACAUAAUGGGCGACGCGAUUGAUCGACUCUACGGGCAAAAUUUGGGGUCUGUUGCGUCAGUCUACAUGAGCGAGACCCUCAGCCAGGUUUCGGACUUGCUAUCGCAGCUCGAUCAAUGGCAAGAAAAGCUCCCAGGACACUUGAAAACGAUAUCUUCCUCAGAGGAUAUGUUGGAAAACUCGUCGGCUAGUCUAGAAACUACAAGGCUGAGAGUCCUGCUUUCACUUCGUUACCUUGGGGCUAGAAUCCUUGUUCUGCGGACAAUUCUGAGCCACUUCUUCCCUCCAUCUGGCAGGAAAACUCCUAAUGAGCAUCUGUCAGAAUGGCUUCUGGACUCUAGCUUUCCACUCAUUGCAGAUCUCGUGCGAGCAUGUAUCCGGGUGUUCCAAAUAAGCAAAGAUCUUCUGACGGCGUCAAUGAAUAAUCAGAAUCUUCUUGGUGCAUGGUGGUUUUCCUGCUACUACACUUUUAACUCCUCCCUCGCCAUACUGGGUGUCCUCCUUAUCAAGCGAAACCCCCCUCUACUCCACGAGACUCCCUUCUUCCUCCAUUGA